GGCAAAGAAAGCAAACUAAACAACGGUGUAGUGAACAAAAAACAAUAACAAACAUAAAACAUGGAUAAAUUCCAUCUCGCCUCUUCAUUCAUGGCGCUAUAAUGGCGGCAUGGUGAGGCGACAAGUGUGUGCCCUUAUCCUCAAGUCAAUGAAUGGAUAUAUUUGUAUAAAAUACGUAAGCAUCUCGGCGGCCGUGCUCAUUCGACAAUAAGUACCCGAAAGGAUAACAACACCGACUAGCGGACCCAGUGUCGGCUCCCACACGCACGCACACACAAACAACAAGCAGAGAGCCAACAAGGAGGAUAGCAAGAAAAAAAAAGUCCUUUAAAGAACAAAAAAGAAAAGAAAAUUUUGCAAGAAAAAUUUACACAAGUGUAGUGAGUGAGUGAGAAACCCUUCAGUGAGGCUAAGUGCCAAACACCAUUGCGAAAGCUUACAAAUUAGAAAGAAGAAACAAGCCAACAUUUUAUUGGACAAAUAUCUUAACCUGUUGCACAAAGGCCACUGAGAUGAGGGGUAACAGCAUGAUUUUAUUCAUUUUAUGGAUGGCUUCCACAUCGAGUGGAUGGGCUCAGCGUUCGCCGUUUUCCUUACAGGCAGCAGUCGAUGAAUUACACCGCCAAGAAUAUCCUUUGAAUGCCCCACCCGGCCAGCAACCACGUUAUAUGGCCGGUGCCUUUGGUUCCGCUGCCGAUCAGGAUUAUUGGGAUGAAGACGCCGCUUACACAUUCAACACAAAGAAACAACGAAAUCGCAUAAACAAACAGCUAGCAAAAUACUUGGAACGUGAAAAUUAUGAGGCCGACCAUGGCGGCUUGUCUCUCGGACCUUUUGGUGGUUAUGAAUUUGAUGCGGAUAGCAAUAGGCUGUCAUUGCCUCCAUACUCUGAGGAACGCAAACGUUCGUCAGUCUUUAGGGAACGAAGUAAUGUGUAUGACGAUGGUCCCGCCUCAAUUUUCCGAGAACGCGAUGUUCCCGAAACCUUAGACCGCUCCGAGUUGACCGAUCAAUUUUUGCGUGAAAUCGAACGUUCCCAGGAACAUGGCCACCAGGACAGAUAUAAGGAAGCUCUGCGUAGUCUUUGGGAGAAAUACCAACAACAGGAGAAUGAGAUCGAUGGGGAUGUCUACGAAGAACAAAAGAAACGAAUGCGCAUGCCUCCCUAUUAUAUGUUAAUGCAGAAGAAGCGUUCAUAUCCAGUCCUGCCAUGGUUGCCGGUGGAACGUAAGAAACGAUUCCCCGUUUCCAAGCGAUCCACAAAUCACUUGGCCAAUGAAGGUCCCAUAAGUAGUUUAGGUAAAACCGAUGAAAAUGUGGAGCGGGAAUUGAGUGAAUUGUUUGGCAGUGGCAGCGACGAGAAAAAGAAACGUUCCAUAGAUGAUAAACAUGAGCAGGGUGUUGCAACGCCUGUACCCGAAGCCACGGCAACCUCGCUAACAGACAUGCGUUUAGAGUCGAAUAAAAAUGCCACUCACGCUGAGGAGAAGAAGUCGCCAUCCUCGAGUUCGAUGAUAGGUACAGAUCAUCAUCAGCAUGCCGGACAUACAAUGGCUGAGCAUAAACAUGGCAAGCGUAGCAACCAUCAAGGCUCCCAUGAAAGUCACGAGGAGGAUGCCGCAGAAGAGGAAGAAGAAGAUUCUGAAGAGGAGCACGAAAGUGAAGAGGAGGACGAACACGAACACGAAGAAGAGGACGAAGAGGCCAAACGCAAAAAGAAACGAGAUGCCACUUCUACGAAACGCAAACGUGACGCAGUCCCUUUGAGACGAACCAUGGAAGAUUUAACAAUGCGCAGCAAGAAAUCAAUUGAUUGGUCCAAUUACUUUGGUCUUGAUCGCAAGAAGAAAGCAAUGAGCAUUGGGGAUUCUAGUAAAACAACCGAUAUGAAGAAACGAGAUGCUGAGGAAGGCGUCCCACCCUCUGUAGCCGAGGAUUCAGAUAAGAAGAAGCGCAAUAUUGAUCCCACCAAAUUGGAAAAUAUGAAUAAAAAAUUGCAAGCCAUUGAGGAUUUUAUAAUCAACGAAACUAUUAAAUACACAGGAGCCCAUGAAGGCAUCGGAGAUCCAGAAGAAAUUCAACGCCUUAAGGAUCGAGUUCUUUCUCGUUUGGCUACUGCUUACAGUUUGGAGAAAAUGCGACGAGCCCUGGAGAAACUAAGGCAAUCGGUAGAAAACGAAAACCACAUUAUGCAUAAUGUCAUCGAACCCGAUACAUCGGACUCGUCAGAAAAUACUUCAUUAGAAGCUGCAGCUAAGCGUAGCAAAAAUAAUCAGCUCAUGAAAUCCCAACAACAAACGAUGGGCGAGGACAAACCUAAUGAGGAUAUGAGACGAAAAAUGAAGAAAAGCAAUGGAUUCAUGCGCUAUCCCGAAGUUCCCAACGAAUUUGGUGAUUUUGAGGAAACUCUCCAAAAUCCAAAUCGAUAUGAGACUCUAAAUGAUGCAUACUUGGGCAACAAAAACUAUAUAUUGGGCACUAACCAGUGUCCAAUUCUCGAGUCUAUGGCCCAACGAUGUCGAGGUGUGGAUUUAUUAAGCGGUGACAUAAACCAGGAACUUUUACCGCUUUGCGGCGUUCAUCAGCUAUGUUAUUUAUGCGGAACCUCACAAAUUGCCUGUGACUACCAAUACUUGGCUGAGGCUGAUGCUGUUUGUGGAACCAGCAAUAAUAACGACUGUCAGGCAACUGCCCGCUCUGUAUUAAUGAUUUUGCGGGGUACACCUGGACCGCAGUUGGGACCGCGUGAAUGUGUCAAGAAUUCCUGUUUGUUUAGUGCGAUGCGUGAGAUAGGACUUUAAAUGUACCCAUUGAGGAGCGAACCCUUGAAAGGUUGUUGAGAUUUUCGUUCCCAAUAUUUGUCCACUACAGGAAGCGUUUUCAAAAAAUCUCAGUGUAUUUAGUUUCUAAGUUUGGAGGAUGCAACAAUCAUCAACCAACGACAUUAGCGAUCAAAACGAAACAAAUGAAAAUCAAAACUAAUGUUACAGUAAAAAGGAAAAGUUUAAUUUAAAAAUUGCAACAAUACAAUGAGUUCUUCACUAAAUAACCUAUCGACCCAAAUCAACAAAAGAAUAAGAAUGUAUAAUUUACCAGAAAAAAAAACAAAUUAAAUUAAAUUUAAAUGUACGUUAUUUAGGUUACAACAUCCAAUUCAAAUUUCCCCCAAAAGAAAGGCGUGAAUGUGAAUGAGAAAUAUCAUGUACAACAGAUAGAUAAUAUUACCCACGAUACCGCAUACUAACUGAGAAGGAAGACAUCAAUAUCAUCAACAUUUUGAGAAAACUACUCCCAAAUUCUAGUCACAAAGAAUAAAAACACAUCACCCACACUACACUUACACAUACACACAGAGAAGAUACAGACAACAGACGCAAGAGUAAAUAAAUCCAAUACCUAUAUUUAAAUGUAUUUAUUAGAUGUGAGUAUUAUAUACAAUAAUAAAUGAAAUUUAAAAAAAAAUCACACACAUACAAAAAUUUA